AAAAAGACAGGGUUUUGGUGGAUUCAUUACAAACCACCAGCCAUGAGAGCUGUAGUGCUUGCCUUGACUCUGGCCCUUGUGGCGAGUCACCAGACUAAUCUCGAUCCAGAGUUUGCUGCGGGUAAGACCUUUGUAUACAAGUAUGAGGGUUUUCUUUUGGGUGGACUGCCUCAAGAAGGUCUGGUCAAAGCUGGUGUCAAAGUCAGCUGCAAGGUUCUCAUCAGUUCUGUAGCCCAGAAUACUUUCCUCCUGAAGCUCCAGGAUCCUCAACUCUUUGAGUACACUGGCAUCUGGCCCAAGGAUAAUUUUACUCCUGCUCCAAAGCUCACCUCAGCACUGAAUGCUCAACUUGUAACACCCAUCAAAUUUGAGUAUGCUAAUGGUGUUGUAGGUAAGAUAUUUGCCCCCUCUAGAGUCUCUGCCACUGUCAUGAAUCUGCACAGAGGUAUCCUCAAUAUCCUUCAGCUCAACCUUAAGAACACACAGAAUGUUUACGAGCUGCAUGAGGCUGGACCUCAAGGAGUCUGCAAGACCCACUACAUGAUCAGUGAGGAUGAAAAGACCCAUCAGAUUGCUGUGAGAAAGUCCAAAGACCUGACCAACUGCCAUGAAAGAGUCAUUAAGGAUAUUGGGUUGUCUUACACUGAAACCUGUGUUGAGUGCCAGCAGAGGCUCAAGAGUCUGACUGGUACGGCAACAUUCAGCUACAUCAUGAAGCCCACUGAAAAAGGUGCCCUGGUUUCUGAAGCCGUAGUUGAAGAGGUCCAUCAGUUUUCACUCUUUGAUACAGAAACUGGAGCAGCUCAAAUGAAAGCCAAGCAAAUGUUGAAUUUACUGGAAGUGCAGAAUGCCCCAACUGCUGCCGCUGCAGGUGAAUACCUGGCCCGUGGAUCCCUGCAGUAUGAAUUUGCUACAGAGAUUCUUCAAACUCCAAUUCAACUUCUGAAGAUCAAUAAUGCACAGGCUCAAAUUACAGAGGUCUUGCAGCAUCUGGUUGAAAAUAACGCGGCUACUGUUCAUAAGGACGCUCCAUUGAAAUUUGUCCAGCUUGUGCAGCUCAUGCGUGUAGCUACCAGGGAAAAUAUUGAAGCCAUCUGGGGUCAAUGCAAGAACAAACCUACUCAUAGACGAUGGAUUUUGGAUGCACUUCCUGUUGUGGGAACAACAGCAGCUCUGAGAUUCAUCAAGGAGAAGUUUCAAGCUAAUGAGCUUACUGUCCCUGAACUCACUCAGGCCCUUUUGGUUGCUUUGCACAUGGUCACUGCUAAUCAAGAUUCCAUCCAACUCACUGCUAGUCUGGCUUUGGACCCCAAAGUCAAGACUAUUCCAGUGCUGCGUGAUAUGAUCAUGUUUGGCUAUGGAUCCAUGGUUGCCAGAUACUGUGAAGAACAGCCUGCAUGUUCUCCUGAUCUCUUGAGACCUAUCCAUGAGAGUGCAGCUCAAGCUAUUUCCAAGGCUGAUGCUCCUGAAAUCACACUGGCUCUUAAAGUUCUAGGCAAUGCUGGCCACCCUGCCAGCCUUAAAACCAUCAUGAAACUCCUGCCUGGAUUUGGAAGUGCUGCUGCAAACAUUCCUAUGAAUGUACAGAUUGAUGCCAUCCUGGCUCUUAGGAAUAUUGCCAAGAAGGAACCAAAAUUGGUUCAGCCAGUAGCAUUGCAACUUUUCAUGGACAAGUCACUUCAUCCUGAACUGCGCAUGGUGUCCUGUAUUGUGCUGUUUGAGACCAAGCCAUCAGUAGCCCUUAUGGCCACUCUUGCAGGAGCUUUGGAAAGGGAGACCAACAUGCAUGUUGUCAGUUUUGCUUAUUCUCACAUCAAGUCUCUAACCAGAAGCAUGGCCCCUGAUUAUAUGCAUGUAGCUGCUGCAGCAAAUGUUGCCAUUAGAAUGCUGAGCCCCAAACUGGACAGACUGAGCUAUUAUUUUAGCAGAGCCACUCAUUUUGACAUCUACAUCUCUCCUCUUAUGGUUGGUGCUGCUGGUAGUGCUUAUUGGAUCAAUGAUGCUUCCACCAUCUUACCCAGAGCUAUAGUGACUAAAGCACGAGCCUACCUGGCUGGAGCUGCUGCUGAUGUUAUUGAGGUUGGCUUGAGAACUGAAGGACUCCAGGAAGCUCUGCUGAAAACCCCUGCUGCAGAUCAAAAUGCUGAUCGGGCCACUAAAAUUCAGCGCACCAUUAAGGCUCUGAUGGACUGGAAGUCUUUGUCAACCAAACAACCACUGGCUUCCAUCUUUGUCAGAGUUUUCGGACAGGAAAUUGCUUUUGCCAACUUUGACAAAAACUUCAUGGACAAAAUCAUUGAUCGAGCAGCACAAAUUGCUACUGGACGUCAAGCUCGUGAACUGAUGAAGGAGACUGUUAAGGCAUUGCAGAAAGGCAUUGCCUACCAGUAUGCCAUGCCCCUCAUGGCAGCUGAGAUGCGCCGCAUUCUGCCCAGUUCUCUCGGUGUGCCAGUGGAGUUUUCACAUUACACCGCUGCCGUUGCUGCUGCAUCUCUAAAUGUUCAAGUUAAGACGACACCCUCUUUACCUGAGCAUCCAGAGACUCUCACUCUUGAUCAGUUGAUGAAGACUGAUAUACAGUUGCAAGCUGAAGUCAGGCCAAGCAUUUCUCUCCAGACAUUUGCUGUGAUGGGAGUGAACACUGCCUUAAUUCAGGCUGCUGUUAUGGCCAGAGGAAAGUUACACACUGUUGUUCCAGGAAAACUGGCUAUAAGAGCUGAUCUUCCAAAAGGCAAUGUAAAGCUGGAGCUUCUACCUGCCGCCGCUGUUCCAGGUCAUAUUGUUGAUGUCAGCCUUGAGACUGUUGCUGUGUCCAGAAAUAUUGAGAACCUUCCAAAUGAGAAAGUAGUGUCUCUGGCACCUCCAGUGCCCGCUGAUGCUGCACAGAGAAGGUCUGCUUCAGUUCACAAGUCCAUGUGUGGUGUUACUCCCUAUGUUAACAUCAAAGGAUGUAUCGAGGUUUCUUCCCAGAAUGCUGGAUUUAUGGGGUCAAAUCCUCUGUACAGUAUUGUUGGGCAACAUUCAGCUCGAAUUUCAGUGGCAAGAGGUGAUGGUCCUGCAUUAGAAAGACUUGAGUUUGAGGUACAAGUUGGACCUAAGGCAGCUGAAAAGAUUCGGAAAGAAAUCAGUGCUGGUAAUGAUGCUCAUUCUAAAGAAAGCAACAUCCUUUUGAAACUGAGGAAAAUUCUGGAGGGUGGAGUAAGGAAUAGAAACUCCAGCUCUAGCAGCUCCUCAUCCUCUGUAAGCAACAGCAAGAGUGGUAGCAGCAGCAGCAGCAGCAAAAGUGGCAGCAACAGCAAGAGUUCCAGCAGCAGCAGUAGAAAUGGUAGCAAAAGCAGGAGUGGCAGUAAAAGUAGGAGUAGCAGCAACAGCAGGAGUGGCAGUAAAAGUAGGAGUAGCAGCAGCUCAUCCAGGCAGGAUUCUUCCAGGGUUCAAGUGACAAAUAUUAACUUAUAUGGUCAGUUCAGGAAGUUCCAUAAGAAUCAGUACUUGACCUCACAGGGUAGGUCAAAUGCCAACAGUUCAUCUAGCAUGGAGGCCAUGCGGAGACAGGCUAACCUACUUGGAGACAAAGUUCCACCUGCUUUUGCUAUCAUUGCUCGUGCUGUUAGAGCUGACCGCAAGCUGGGAUACCAGAUUGCUGGUUACUUGGACAAGUCUACUCCAAGAGUACAGUUUGUGUUUGCCUCUAUUUCUGCAAGUGACAAAUGGAAAAUAUGUGCUGAUGCUAUACUUCCAAGCAAGCAUAAAAUCGCUGCCAGGUUUGCUAUUGGUGAGCAGUGCCAGGAAUAUUCUGUAACUGUUAAGGCUGAAACUGGCCUGCAUGAGUCACAUCCUGCUGCUCGUUUUGAAUUUGAGUGGAACAGAGUACCAGGAAUCCUAACUAUCGCUCUGCCCUCUUAUAAGAGAGUAAGGGAGUACAUCUCAAUAGUAGCUCCCCUGGCUGGAGUUGAUGCUCAAAGAGCCAAUAAUAAGGAGAAAGAGAUCAGCCUUAUUGUUUCUCUACCCACUCAAAAGUCUCUCAACAUUCUCCUGAGGAUUCCAGAGAUUACAUUGUCAAAGCAAGAUCUGUUUCUUUCUGAUGCCCUGCCCAUUGAAAAGGAUGGAACCAUUCCAGCUCUCAAGAACAUGGACAUUCGGGUCAUUAUUCAGAACUGGAUAAAUGAUAAUCGAAAGAAUUGAUUUAUUUGAUUACAAUUACUGUAUGUAAAUUAAUUGAAUGAAAUAAAGAGCAUCCAAAAGGCAAAA